AUGAAAUUUAUAAGAAUAAUAAUAUUUUCUAUGUUUUUUCAAAGGAAAACAUAUAGUUUUAUUUGUAAUUUAAAAUUAAAAAAGAUAAAAAAUAAUUGUUACACUAUUAGUUUAAGCAAAUUAAAAAGAAGUGAAUAUUAUUCUUUAAAUGAGCCCUAUAAAAAAAAAAAAAAGAAUUAUACUCUUUUUUCAAAAGUAAUAAAUAAAAUGGAUAUUAAAAAAAUAGAAACAGUUGAAAAUUUAAUAGAAAAAUAUAACCAAGAGAUAUCCACCUUAAUUGAAAGAAAUGAAUCAAUUAGAGGCAUAAGUGAUGAAGAAUUAAGAAGAGAAUACGAAAAUAAUGAAAAAUUGUUAGAAGAAAAAAAAAAGAAAUUAAAAGAUUUAUAUUUAGUACCAAGUGAACCAUUAAAAUUAAUUGAAAAUCGCUCUAAAUUAGAAAAUUUAAUAAAAAGAAAGUUUUUUUACACUAAUGCAUUUGAUAUAUAUGGAGGAACUUCAGGUUUAAUUGAUUAUGGGCCAUCUGGAUGUUUGUUAAAAUCAGAAUUAGAAAAAAUGUGGAGACAUCAUUUUAUAUAUUAUGAUGAAAUGCUAGAAAUAUCAAGUACUUGUGUUACACCUUACAAUGUUUUAAAAACAUCAGGUCACGUUGAUAGAUUUACAGAUUUAAUGGUGAAAGAUGAAAUUACAAAAGAUUGUUAUAGAGCAGAUAAAUAUUUAUCCGAAUUUUUGAGUAAUAAAAUAGAAGAAUUAAAGAAAAGUAUUCAAAAGCAGGAUGAACUACUGAAUCAAAAAGAAAAAAAAAAUGCAGAUAAUGAAGAGAAUAAUGUGAUCCAAGAAAAAGGAAAAAUUAAUAAAGAAAUAGAAAAUAUUGAAUUAAUAAUAAGAAAACUAGAUGGUAUGAAUCAAGAAGAAAUAAAAGAAGUUAUAAAGAAAUAUAACAUCAAAUCACCUUUAAAAAAUAAUUUAUCAGAUCCUUUUCCUUUCAACUUAAUGUUCCAAACAAAAAUUGGUCCAAAAGAUGAAGUAGAAAAUAAUUCAAAUGAUAGUAAAAAUGAUAAUGAAAAAGAAAUGAAUUUAAGUAGCAUAGCUUAUUUAAGACCUGAAACAGCUCAAGGUAUUUUUGUAAAUUUCCGAAAAUUAUUGGAAUAUAAUGGUGGAAAAAUGCCUUUUGCUGGAGCACAAAUAGGAUUGGGAUUUAGAAAUGAGAUAUCUCCUAGAAACGGUUUGUUAAGAGUUAGAGAAUUUCAAAUGGCUGAAAUUGAAUACUUUGUAAAUCCAAAUAAAAAAUUCCAUGAAAAAUAUUAUUUAUAUAAACACUUAAUGCUACCUCUAUUUCCAAGAGAUAAUCAACUAACUAGUGGAUUAAUUAUAAAAAAUUUAACUUUACAAGAAGCCGUUGAACAAAAAAUAAUAGGUAAUGAAGCUUUAGCCUAUUUUCUUGCUCGAACUUAUUUAUUUUUGCUAAAAUGUGGAAUUAAUAAAGAUGGAAUAAGAUUUCGACAACAUUUAAAUACGGAAAUGGCCCAUUAUGCAAGUGAUUGUUGGGAUGCAGAAAUUUUAACUUCUUUUGGUUUUAUUGAAGUUGUUGGGCAUGCUGAUAGAUCUGCUUACGAUUUGAAAAAUCACAUGGGAUCUACGGGUGCUAAUUUAUAUGCAUGUGAAAAAUACAAUGAACCUAUAGAAGUAGAGUGUGUCAAAAUUUUUCCAAACAAAGCAAAAAUUGGGAAUACAUUUAAAAAUUAUCAAAGUAAAAUAUACCAAGCUUUGAAUGAGAAAAGCAAUGAAGAUUUGUUAAGUAUUGAUGAAGAAUUAAAUAAAAAUAACAAAUUUAUUUUAAAGAUAUGUAAUGGUCCAACUAAUGUCUUAUCUUUUGAAUUAACUAGAGAUAUGGUCUCUUUUGAGAAAUUUACAAAAAAAGUGCAAGAAGAAAAUUUUAUACCUAAUGUUAUUGAACCUUCAUUUGGAAUAGGAAGACUUAUUUUUUGCAUUUUAGAACACUCAUUUAGAAUUAGAUCCUUUACUGAUGAUAAAGAAGAAAGAAAUUAUUUAGCAUUGCCAUAUAAAUUGGCUCCAAUAAAAUGUUCCAUAUUAUCUAUAUCAAAUAAUAAAGCAUUUUAUCCUUACAUCAAGCAAAUUCAAAUGUUGUUAAAUGAAUAUGAUAUCUCGUCAAAAAUAGAUAAUUCGAGUGUAUCUAUUGGAAAAAAAUAUGCUAGAACAGAUGAAAUUGGCAUACCAUUUGCUGUAACUAUUGAUUUUCAAACAAUAAAAGAUAAAACCAUUACAUUAAGAGAAAGAGAUUCGAUGCUACAAAUUAGAAUUGAUAUAAACUCAUUAGUUGAAAUUAUUAACUCACUUUUGCAUCAAAAAAAAACAUGGAAUGAUCAUAUAUCCAAUUAUGGACUAUUUACUCAGCAGAAUUUACAGAAUUAA